CUUGGGUCUCCCCUUUUAGUCAGCUGAUAAAUCCCGUCCUAGCAACGUUAGUUGGAAUAGCUUCCAGUGACAGCAUUUUUUUUUUCUCUCUUUCUAAAGGGAUAUUUCAGAUAUGCCUUUCGUGACGCUGACUACUAAUCUGUCUUCUGAAAAAGUGGACAAGGCUUUUUCUGAGAGCUUUUCGGAAAAGUUGGCAGAAACUUUGGGGAAGCCCAUAGAACGUAUUUCAGUGACUGUAGUGGCUGGGCAGCAGAUGUGCCGAGGAGGAAGCUGGGACCCGUUGUGUGAGGUUCACGUGUUGGCCAUUGGACUCGAUUCCGCCGAGAAAACCCAGAAGCCAGCUGAAGAAAUAACCAAAUUCUUGUCUGACCGUACUGGGAUUCAGCCUGCAAGAAUCUGCUUAACUUUCCGACCAGUGCUGCCUCAUCAGGUUUCCGUCAAUGGCGCUUUAAUGGGAUGAUUUCAACAGCCAGUGAAUGGGACUGCAACCAUGAGAGAGUAUGUGGAAUGAUCUAGCAAUAAACUAUUCUACAGUU